AUGCUAAAACCGCGGGACCUGGGCCCCGGGGCGUCCACGCAGACUUUCCUGGAGGCCAUGAGAGCUGGCCGGAUGCAUCUGGCGCGCUUUGUCCUGGAUGCCGUCGAUGGGGCUAUUGUGGAUUGCCGAUCGGACCGGGGCCGUUCGCCUCUCAUGUACGCCGUGCUGCUGAAGGACCCGGCGUGGCGACUGGCCUUUGCGCGACUGCUGCUGGAGCAUCAGGCCGCCGUCAACCUGAGCGACGACGCCGGGCGCAGCGCCCUCAGUCUGGCCUGCGAGCGCGGCUAUUUGGAGGUCAUCAAGCUGCUGGUUCAGUUCGGCGCCGACCCAGACACGGUGGACGCGCGGGGCUGGAGCCCCCUCAUGUACGCCUCCUCGGAAGGGCGGACGGCGGUGGUCGAGUGGCUCCUGCGCGCCUUCCGCCGCUUUGGGCAGCUCCGCCUCGAGCGCGCUGACCGCGCCGGCCACACGGCGCUCCAGCUGGCCGCCAGCGGGGGCCACCACCAGUGCGUGCGGGCCCUGCGCUCGGCCGGCGCCUUGCUCCUCAUCUUCCCGGAGUCAUCGUCCCAGGCCGGGGACGACGACGACGGGGCUGCGUCGGCUGCUUCUCCCCCGCUUCGCGCGGCCAGCGAGCGGCGGCUCCCAUUACACCAGCGGAGCGCGCAGGAGCAGAGCUUCCAAGGGGAGGAAGAAGAAGCAGAAGAAGCAGCAGCAGAUGGCCCAGAAGCGAAAAAGGAGCCUUCGGCGACGAGGGGCCGCCCGCUGAUUCGCAGGUCCACGGCGCCUGACUGUCAGAGUCUUCUCAGCCACUGA